GUGAACCGGUAAUGGAGGCAGUUUUGUUGACAGCAGAGGAGAACACGAAAAAAAUCGACAGAACACUAGCGACAAAAAAUAUUUAAAUAAAACUGAAUUGAUCUAAUUAACUAUCCGUAGCCCGCGCCGAGGAUGCCCUGUUAGGCCCUUUUAGGGGUCUUGUACAGGGUGUUUUCACAGUCAUCCCUCUGUUGCAACCGACGCCCCCCACACCCCCAAUGCCAACUGCGUGAGACUGUGAACACCCAUCCCCUCUGGCCGAGUUCUUCACAGAGAAGCUGCCAUGGCAACCAAAGCGGUGGACAGCCCAGAGUCCCUCAUGUCUCUAUCGGCUGUCUACUGUCUACGCAACUUGAGCCGGACCAUGUGCUACUUGGGAGACAGGAACAAGCUCUGCCUGCACCCAGAUGUAUUCCUGCCCAGCGAGAUCUGUGAUAAGCUCAUUAGCAUGUACAUGGACCUGGUUCUCACGGACAACAACUUUGAGACGCACGAUGGCUUCUUCUCGCUGUUCUCGGACCCGCGCAGCACCAGGCUCACGCGGGUGCAGCUCAGGGAAGAUGUGGUGAGGGACAAGGACCUGGAGGCCAUCGCCAGACAGGGCCUGAUCGAGCUCCACCUCACCUACUGCAACAGCCUGUCAGCCCACAGUCUGAAGACGCUGGCCAGCCUCCGUCACACGCUGGUCUCCCUCAGCCUCUUUGGCUGCAGCAACGUCUUCUACAGACAGUCUUCUACUGACGCCCCUCUGGCAUCAGACGACGAAGACGGGGCCUCGCCCAGGCUGGAGACGGACUUUAGCUUUAAGGGCUUUGAGCGCUUGCGUCUGCUGAACCUGGGUGGUCUGGCAGAGGAGGUGGAUGUGGAGGCCCUCCUCAGGCCCCUGCGCUCCCUCACCUCCCUGGAUCUCUCAGGCGUUCGCCUCCCUUCCCCUGCCUUCCUCACACAGUGGAGUGACCAGCUCACCUCCCUGGUGCUCUACAACAUUGAACUGUCAGAGGAGCUCAUCAGCACCCUCACACGGAUGGAGCAGCUACGGCACCUGGACAUCUCACGCCAGGGUCGGCGCAACUCCAAGUUCAAGCUAACCAGGAAAAUCCUGACAACAAUUGUGCAGAAUCUGGUCAACCUGGUCUCACUGGACAUCUCUGGUCACGUCAUGCUGGACAACUGCGCCGUCCCACAGUUUGAGGAGGCCCUAGGACGCCCUAGUAUUGAGCCCUCCAAGAGCAGCAUAUACCCCUUCCAGGAGCUGAAGAGGCCACUGCAGUUUUUGGGGCUCUAUGACACUACGCUCUGUAACCUGACACACAUCCCUGCCUACAAGGUCACAGGCUCAAAGAACGAAGACCAGAUCUUAAAUGCCAUUGAGGCGUACACCGAGUUUCGUCCAGAGCUGGCACAUCGAGCCAUCAACCACCUGUUUGACAUUGCCAGGAUACAGCACUGCAGCCAGCUGCUUCGUGCCCUGCAGCUGGUGAUCACAGCCCUUAAGUGCCACAAGUACGAUAAGAGCAUCCAGGUGACGGGCAGUGCGGCACUGUUCUACCUGACCAACACGGAGUACCGCAGCGAGCAGAGCGUGCAGCUGCGCCGGCAGGUGAUCCAGGUGGUGCUGAAUGGCAUGGAGCAGUACCAGGAGGUGACGGUCCAGAGGAACUGCUGUCUCACGCUGUGUAACUUCAGCAUUCCGGAGGAGCUGGAGUUCCAGUAUCACCGCGUCAACCAGCUCCUGCUGUGGAUCCUGGAGCCGGUCAGGCAGGACGAGUCGAUCCAGCGCAUUGCCGUGCACUUGUGUAACGCUCUGGUCUGCCAGGUGGACAACGAUCACAAGGAGGCUGUGGGAAAGAUGGGCUUUGUCAGGACAAUGUUGAACCUGAUACAGAAGAAGCUACAUGACAAAUUGUGCGAUCAGGUAAUGGAGUUCUCCUGGAGUGCCCUGUGGAACAUCACAGAUGAGACGCCAGACAACUGCCGUAUGUUCCUCAACUGCAGUGGCAUGAAGCUCUUCCUGGAGUGUCUGCAAGAGUUCCCCAACAAGCAGGAGCUCCACCGCAACAUGCUGGGGCUUCUGGGUAAUGUGGCAGAGGUGAAGGCGCUGAGGCCACAGCUGCUGACACCACCGUUCAUCACUGUGUUCAGUGACCUGCUGGACAGCAAGGCCGACGGGAUUGAGGUAUCGUAUAACGCCUGUGGGGUUCUGUCUCACAUCAUGUUUGAUGGCCCGGAGGCCUGGGUCAUAGAGGAGCCGAGAAGAGACGUCGUCAUGGAGAGAAUGUGGGAGGCCAUCCGCAGCUGGGACGUCACCUCCCGCAGGAACAUCAACUACAGGUCCUUUGAGCCCAUAUUGCGCUUACUGCCCCAGAGCAUCGCCCCAGUCAGCCAGCACUGGGCCACCUGGGCCCUGUACAACCUGGUGUCUGUCUACCCGGAGAAAUACUGCCCCCUACUGAUAAAAGAAGGAGGAAUCACCCUUCUGCAGCAGGUGCUGGAUAUGGACACGUCACAUGACGAGACCAAGGACAUGGCAAGGAAGGUGAUGGAGCACUGUGGAAACUUCAAAGAGGACCCCAUGGAUUCCUCGAGGUAAAGAGGGAUGAGGAAGACAACAAACGCACCGGGGAAUGACAAAACUGACAUGAAAGGACUGAGUGAAAGAAAACAAACACGCCAAGAUUGUUUUUAUUUUCUUCUCACUGCAGGGUUUAUUGUGUGCAUCGAUUUACUGUAAUGUUUCAGCAGAAUAACCAUUUUCUUCUCAACCAUUGCUUCUGGAAGGAAUAUUUUUUUGUGUGACACAGAGUGAAAGAUGUGGUUGAGGGGGUAGGAAGUUUUUUUUAGUAUUUCACAUGGCAGGCAUUACUUGUACGAACGAA